AUCAUCACAUGUGCUCACCCCAUAAAUUUUUUCCCAUUAGAAAAGAGACAAAGCUCGUUAGGAUUAAGAUGUGACCUUUCCUUCCAUCAUCUCUCAUUCCAUUUUCUGAUUCUCUCCAUCCAAUAUCCUAAUCCUACCAUAGAUACUAACACCCUUCAACUUCACACCAAAUCCAACCGUUGAAUUCCACUUGUUCCUCCAUCUUGUUCUUUAUUUCAAUCCUCAAUAAAACAUUCCACACACACACACACACUACUUUGUUCUAUCUAUCCUCUGUCACAUUUUCAUGGCUGCAACCUCACAACAACAACCUUUUCAACAUAACAACAACAACAACAAUGGUAGUAACAACACUGAGUUUAACAGACAAGAAAUACAAACCGCCAUAGCUAAAGCAGUUGAACUAAGAGCUCUUCAUGCUGCAUUAACACAAGGAAAUAGCCCAAACCCAAGCCCAGGCCCAAACAAUGCUAGAUUUCCAUCUCCUUCCUCUGCUUCUCACUUCUCUGCUCAAGAUUACCCUGUUUUCACACCAAGUUAUGAAGAUGAGCCACAUCAAAAUCCAACAAAAAGUAGAACAGUAUCAGAAAGUUGGGAUGAAAAUGGAAUAGAAGGAGGAAACAUCAUAGAAAGUACCAUUGUACAAGAUUACAAGGAGAAGUCAAGUUCAAGAAAGGUACUACCUUUUGGUUUUUCAACAAAUCUAAAUCAAGAAUCUCACAUGUGUCCUAUUGAUGAUACUAAAUCAGUAACAGGUUCUUGUGCAAAUCAUAUCACAGUUCUUCAAACAUCACCUAAUGAAUAUUUCAAAUCUAGAAGAAGAAAUAGUUUAGAUGAUUUCAAACCUUUAUCUUCUUGCAAUAGGUGUAAACCUGCUUUGAUAACUAGUGAAUUUGAUAACACAAAAAACAACAAUAGAAGUUCCAACAUUGUUGUUCCUUUAACUGAUUCACAUGCAUCAUUUCAAACUCAACAUAAAAGUAAAGGGAUGAUUUCAUGGCUUUUUCCAAAGUUUAAGAGGAAGCAUAAGAAUAAGAAUGAGAGUUUUUCGCCGAAUAGGACAGAAUCCGAAGAGGUUUCUCAGAUACUUAAUAAAGAUAUGGGAAUUAUGUCAAUUGAGAUGUUGAAAAGAGAGCUUAUGGAAGCACAUGAGAGUAGAGAUUCUGCUAUAUUAGAAGUUUCUGAGAUGAGAUCUUCAUUUGGUGAGCUGAAACAAAAGCUUGAGUAUUUGGAAGGUUAUUGUGAAGAGUUGAAAAAAGCUUUGAAACAAGCAAUGCAAGCAAAAGAAUCACCACUUUGUGAUGAGAAAGUUGGAAUACCAUUUGAUGGAAAUGGAGAAAAUCCGAUGAUGCCGGUGAAUGAAGAUGUAAUGGUAGAAGGGUUUUUGCAGAUAGUGUCAGAAUCAAGAUUAUCAGUGAAACAUUUUUGCAAGAUACUUAUAAGCCAAAUUGAAGAAAAUGAUCAAACUUUGAUAGAAAACUUGAAUUUGCUUCUUCAACCAUAUAAGCUCUCAUUGAAUUCCAAAUACUCAAAAGCAGUUCUUUACCAUUUUGAAGCAUUCAUAAACAAUUCUCUCUACCAAGACUUUGAGAAUUCAGUGUUCCAAAAAAACGGCUCAGCGAAAUUCUUAGACCCUAGACAAGAUCGUCGUGCGCAAUUUUCGUCGUAUGUUGCACUAAGGAAUUUGAGCUGGAAUGAAGUUUUGAAAAAAGGUACAAAAUAUUAUAGUGAAGAAUUCAGCAAAUUCUGUGACCAAAAAAUGAGUUGUAUAAUCACUACACUUAAUUGGUUAAGGCCUUGGCCUGAGCCACUACUUCAAGCAUUUUUUGUGGCAGCAAAAUGUGUUUGGUUGUUACAUCUUUUAGCAUUUUCUUUUACACCAACAUUGGGAAUAUUAAGGGUUGAAGAGAAUAGAAGCUUUGAUGGUUACUAUAUGGAAGAUUUGCUUACUGAUAGACAAAGAUCACAAGGUCCAAGUAAAGUUAAGAUUAUGGUGAUGCCUGGAUUUUAUGUUCAAGAUAAGGUUUUAAGGUGUAAAGUUAUUUGUAGGCAUAAAUCUAAAUAUUGAAUUUGGAAAUAGGUUUUAAUUAUUUUAAUGUCCAUUUUAUUUUGUUCUUGUUAGACAAUGUUUGAAUAAGUUUGUAACUACCAAAAUGUAUGUUAAUUUCAUCAUCAAUAAAUUGUUAGAUAUUGUGUUGGGA